AUGAAUUGGGAGUUAUUGCAGCACGGGCGGUGCCUCGCCACAUUCCUGGCGCUGGACUACACUGUCUUGCUGCUGCUCACCGGCAUCACCUACGUUUCCCUCGACCACACCAAGCUGAGAGUAGCGGCAUGCGCGCUCGCCGUUACCAUCGCGCUGGGUCUAGCGCUGCGGAGCUUCAACCGCAAGAAGUACGACCGCAUGGCGCGCCUCAAGGUUCAACUUUACAACAACACUCACAAGGACACCCUUCUGUACCGCAUGAACAGCUUCCUGCCGUACCUACACACUGCUCUCCUGCCGCUCUUCCUGGCCACCGAGUUACGGGGCAAGGACAAGUCCAUCGCCGAAGUGCUGCUCUUCGGAGCGGCGCUCUCGUGCGUGCUGGACGUGUUCAUGUUUGACAACAAGGCGCUGUUGUUCUGCGCCGCCGUCACGCUCAACCUCGCGGACCGCUGGUUCGGCGACGUCCUGGGCCGCAGGGCGGUGAUACUGACGCUGGUGCAGGCAGUCGUGCACUGUGUCAUGCGCACCGACCUCACGAGGUCGCUCAACUUCACGGAUUCCGUGAUAGUCUCGCAAUUGGUCACCGUAGGAAUUCACCUCCUCGUCGGAGGAUACACGUACAACUCGUGGGGGCCGCUGACCCAGCUGGCCGACUUCGCCGUCCACACGGGCUACAUGUUGCUGGCACUCGUCAUCGUCACGCUCUCUGACUUCGUGUUCAAGUCGUACCCGAGCUCAUGCAUCAGGCGCCGCCUCGCCAACCUCGCACGCAUGGCCGCCAUGGGAUACGCCGCCUUCAGAUUCGGCGUAUGGGUCUACACCUACAACGCGUACAAGGACGGGCUCACGCCGCUCCAGACGCUGCUCAAACUCUUCAGCACCAACGACGCGAUCAUCACCCUCGUGGCGUGGGCCAUACACACCGUUGUGUGCGUCAGCAUCCUGUACCAUAAGUCGCCGCUGCUCACCGCCGCGUCCGCGCACAAGUACUCCGCGAAGUCGCCGGCCAUCACGAUACUGCGCAAGGGGCUGCACUUCGUGCUCCUCGUCAACGGGUUCGUGGCCAUGAACAUGGCACAGCACACGCUCUUCGCACUCAGCCUCUACCUGAUCUUCAUCGGAGGCCUCGCGCUCGAGAUACUGCGCUUCUACGGCUGCAUCCCCCUGAGGCUCGGCCGCUUCCUGAGCAGCCUGUACAAGGCGUUCGGGGAGGGGGUGACGCUCAGGUCGCUCGUCAUCGCGCACGCCUUCAUCGCCCUGGCGACGGGCUUGCCGCUGUGGGUGCAGGUUGGCAAGGGACUGCAGAUCGACUACACCAAGGCGUACAUUGGACUCACGACCGUCGCUUUCGCGGACUCGCUCGCAGCGAUCGUCGGAAGCAAGGCACGCAAGCUUGUCUGCCACGAAAAGUCAAUCGCCGGCAGCCUCGCCUUUUUCGCGGGGACGUUUGUGUCGCUGGCCAUCGCGCUGCUGAUCCAGCACGGCCCCGCUAUCGGCUACAGGCACGCAGCCGCCAGCGCGGCGGUGGCGCUCGCCGCCACCAUUGUAGAGGCAGGGAGCCCCGGAACCGACAAUAUCGGCGUGGCGAUGACGGCCUACAUUGUGUACUCGAACCUGGAAAAGGUACUUAACCUGUAA